AGCGCGCGUGAACAGAACUCAGAUAGAGAUACCUUUUGGGACUCAGAUACAUUUGCAGUGCGCAUUACUCACUCAUCCGCCAGAUACGAAGAUACAUUUCGCAGUGCGCCAGACGAUUGCAACUGGCAAACUGGAUUUACCACUCAAAAAAUAAAAGAAAAAAACCAAAACAAUACCCGCAACUUCAACUCGUGUUAAGUGAAAAACGUAGCCAAUUGCAGCAGCAACAAAAAACUUUCAAAACCCGAGCCAUAGCGAAAUAGAAAAAGUAGUUCAGAGCGUGAAAAAUACGUUACUUGCUGCAAAAGUUGUGAAACGUAUCCGAGAGAUACAAGCCCAUUGGGAGAGCGAGAGCGGCCUUAGCAAAGUGCAAUUUCCAAAAGGCAAAUACCAUUAAAACAUACACAUAAAAUCAACCAAAUCCAAACAAAUAAUAAAGGCUGAAAAAUUGAAAAUACUCAAAUCAAUUUUUCCAUCAAGUCAACCUCGACGGCGAUUCGCAAGACAAACUAUUGUUGGAUUAAAAUAUUUUCGAUCAAGAACAAGCACCCAGCGAACGGAAGCGCAAUGCAAGUGGAGGCCAGCUAUCCGAAAUACGCCGGACGUGUGCCACCUCUGGACCUCUCGCAGGUGAAUGCGGGUCAGGAUUUGUGGGGCGGCAACGGGAGCGGCACGCCCUCCGCCAAGCGCCACCUGCUGCACCAUCCCUACCAAAUGCUGGACAAGUGCCGCGGGGGAGUGACCCUGAUCAGCGCCUCCUCCUCCUCCUCCUCCUCCUCCUCCUCCUCCUCCUCCGAUGACAACAACAAUCGCCUGAUGGGCGGCGAGGAUGGAAACACCAGUCUACUACAUCCCAUGGGCUCCGAUGGUCUGCCCUUGGAUCCGCGGGACUGGACGCGGGCCGAUGUGUGGAAGUGGCUCAUCAACAUGGCGGUGUCCGAGGGACUGGAAGUCACGGCCGAGCUACCGCAGAAGUUCCCGAUGAACGGCAAGGCCCUGUGCCUGAUGAGCCUGGACAUGUACCUGUGCCGCGUUCCCGUGGGCGGCAAGAUGCUCUACCGGGACUUCCGGGUGCGACUAGCCCGGGCAAUGGCCCUGCUCUCGUAGGUACCGCCACCUCACGGAUACGGAUACCCACACCUCUCUGGUUGUACAUAUCUCUAGGAUUCGGUUAGUCUAGCCUAGUUCUGCUAGUUGUAAUGCCUAGUCGCUAGUGCUCUCGUUAGUUAGGUCCUAGCCAUAAUGUCAUGCAUUUCAAUGUUGUCAAAGAUUGCUCCAGACUCCCAUUUCAUACGGAAGGAAGGCGAAUGGAGUCGAAUAAAAUAUAGAAAAAAGUGAAGUUAAAAUGCUGUCCUAUUAGUUAUUUAAGUUCGCAUCUGAAGAAAAUAUAAAAUGAAAUUUUAUAACUUAACAA